ACCUCCCUACUUCUUUUAUUAAUAAUCCUACUUCCCACCCCAACAGCACUGGCCCAUAUCACAUCAACACUAAUUAAGAUCUUCUCCGUCUCUCCUUCCUCUGCACCGCCAUGGCUGCUUCCACAAUGGCUCUCUCCUCCCCCUCACUGGCUGGUCAGGCAGUCAAGCUUGCUCCCUCCACCUCUGAGCUUCUUGGGGAAGGUAGGUUUACCAUGCGAAAGACAGCCAAACCCAAGCCCAUCUCAUCCGGCAGCUCAUGGUACGGCCCUGAUCGAGUCAAGUACUUGGGCCCCUUCUCCGGUGAGCCGCCAUCCUACCUCACUGGUGAAUUCCCCGGCGACUAUGGUUGGGAUACCGCUGGGCUCUCCGCUGACCCCGAGACCUUUGCCAAGAACCGUGAGCUUGAGGUCAUCCACUGCAGAUGGGCCAUGCUUGGAGCUCUUGGUUGUGUGUUCCCUGAGCUCCUCUCUCGCAAUGGUGUCAAGUUUGGCGAGGCUGUGUGGUUUAAGGCUGGUGCACAGAUCUUCUCUGAGGGUGGGCUGGACUACUUGGGUAACCCAAGCUUGAUCCAUGCACAAAGCAUCCUAGCCAUCUGGGCCACCCAAGUUCUCUUGAUGGGUGCAGUUGAAGGCUACCGUGUUGGUGGUGGGCCGCUUGGUGAGAUCACUGACCCACUCUACCCAGGUGGCAGCUUUGACCCACUUGGGCUUGCUGAUGAUCCUGAGGCUUUUGCUGAGUUGAAGGUGAAAGAGAUCAAGAAUGGGAGGUUGGCCAUGUUCUCCAUGUUUGGGUUCUUUGUUCAGGCCAUUGUGACUGGCAAGGGACCUUUGGAGAACCUGGCUGACCACCUCGCCGACCCUGUUAGCAACAACGCUUGGGCCUAUGCCACAAACUUCGUUCCUGGCAAAUGAGUAAAGAUUGUUUACCAAUAAGGAAGAUCGUCGGAGCUGAUAUUUCAUUCAUGGUUUGCUCUUCCCAUUCCCAGUUUAAAUUGUAACAGAUUUGUGCAAAGAAAAUGAAAGAUUGUUGGUUCUUUGAAACUUUUCAAUUGUACUUCCAGUUUGUUACUUUGUCUUACC